CGGACCUUAGUUUCUGGGAGGCUGCGGCUGACAAGGAUUCCGGCAGCACCGGAGGGCGGAGACCGUGCCGUAGAGAACCGUGUCUGGCGGCUCUCCUUGUGUCUCAAGAUGGUGAAGCCGGAUAUCCACACGCUUGCGCACCAUCUCAAGCAGGAACGCCUCUACGUGAAUUCAGAGAAGCAGCUCCUCCAGAAAUUGAACGCUGAUGUGUUGAAAACAGCAGAGAAACUCUACCGAACCUCAUGGAUAUCCAAGCAGCAAAGAAUAAAUUUGGACAGGCUCAUCCUAACAAGUGCGGAAGCAUCUCCGGCCGAGUGCUGCCAGCAUGCCAAGGUUCUGGAGGACACGCAGUUUGUGGAUGGCUACAAGCAGCUGGGCUUCCAGGAGACCUCAUACGGGGAGUUCCUUAAUCGUCUGCGGGAAAACCCCCGGCUUAUUGCAUCUUGUCUUGUAGCAGGAGAGAAAGUCAACCAGGAAAAUGCCCAAAGUGUCAUCCUUACUGUCUUCACCUCUCUGUAUGGGAACUGUAUCAUGCAGGAGGAUGAGAGUUACUUACUGCAGGUUCUCCGUUAUCUCAUUGAGUUUGAACUGAAGGAGAGUGAUAACCCACGAAGGUUGCUCCGCAAAGGGACUUGUGCAUUUAGCAUCCUCUUUAAACUAUUUUCUGAGGGACUCUUUUCUGCAAAGCUCUUUCUCACUGCAACCUUACAUGAACCCAUCAUGCAAUUAUUAGUAGAGGAUGAGGAUCACCUAGAAACUGACCCAAGUAAGGUAACUGAGCGCUUUUCUCCAGCUCAGCAGGAGAAGCUGUUUGGGGAGAAGGGUAGUGAUCGUUUCAAACGGAAGGUGCAGGAGAUGGUGGAAUCUAACGAAGCCAAGCUGGUGACACUGGUGAACAAAUUCAUAGGAUACCUAAAGCAGAACACAUAUUGCUUCCCUCACAGCCUGCGCUGGAUUGUUUCCCAAAUGUUCAAGACUUUGUCGUGUGUUGAGGGUCUACAGGUUGGCGAGGUGAGGUCCAUGUGCACUGACCUUCUACUGGCCUGUUUAAUUUGCCCAGCAAUUGUCAAUCCGGAGCAGUAUGGGAUUAUCUCGGAUGCCCCCAUAAAUGAAGUGGCACGCUUCAAUCUCAUGCAGGUUGGCCGUCUCUUGCAGCAGUUGGCACUGAUGGGAUUUGAAGAAGUGGAUUCCCGAAACAAGAGCAACCUCAGUAAAUUUGAUAAAAGCUGUGUCGCUGCUUUCCUGGAUGUGGUAAUUGGGGGUCGUGCUGUUGAAACCCCUCCUAUGUCGUCUGUAAACCUUUUAGAAGGAUUGAGUCGCACCGUUGUCUAUAUGACCUACAGCCAACUCUCUAAUCUGCUGGGUUUCUUGCGCGGCAUCGUAUCCAGUGACCAGUUACGUGAGGAGGACAAGAUGGCGCUGGAAAACCUCUUGGCCACGGUUCCUCAGGCUAAGCCAGGGAAGAGUAGUAACCAUGACAACACCCCCUACAGCACUCCACAGCUCUCCCCCGCUACGACGCCCGCCUGUAGGAAGAACAGGCUGCCUAUAGGGCAGCAGCUGGUGGCCAUGACACUUUGGGACACGUCCGCCUCGAAUAUCACCACCCACAUAAACCUCGUGACCCCGUUUGUUACUCGCAGCAGGAGUAAAACCAGUCUGAUGGAAGCAGAGCAUGAAGGAUCCCCACAAGAGGUCACCCCGCAAGGACAGCCUGAGGAGGUUCUGGUCAUCUCCCUGGGCACAGGUCCACAGUUGACGCCGGGCAUGAUGUCCGAGAAUGAGGUUCUGAAUAUGCAGUUGGUGGAUGGUGGCCAGACGGAUGUACCGGUUGAUGACACCAAGCUUCAUGGGAAGCCGGACAAGACCCUGCGUUUCUCCCUUUGCAGUGAUAAUCUAGAAGGCAUUUCAGAAGAAGAGGAAAAUCCGUGUUCAACAGGUCCCUCAAACCGCUCCAACUCGGUUUCGUCUCUGGAUCUGGAAGGGGAGUCCGUUUCUGAGCUGGGAGCUGGACCAUCGGGCAGCAACGGAGUGGAGGCUUUGCAGCUGUUGGAGCACGAACAAGCUACCACGCAAGACAACCUCGAUGACAAGCUGCGCAAGUUUGAAAUCCGUGACAUGAUGGGGUUGACCGAAGACCGGGAUAUCUCCGAGACCGUUAGCGAGACGUGGAGCACAGAUGUACUUGGCAGUGACUUUGACCCAAACAUUGAUGAAGACAGACUGCAGGAAAUUGCAGGUGCGGCAGCAGAGAAUAUGUUGGGUAGCCUGCUUUGCCUCCCUGGGUCUGGUUCUUUGCUGCUUGACCCCUGCACAGGGUCCACCAUCUCCGAGACCACCAGCGAGGCAUGGAGCGUGGAGGUUCUCCCUAGCGAUUCGGAAGCACCGGAUUUGAAACAGGAAGAGCGGCUACAGGAGUUGGAGAGCUGUUCUGGGUUGGGGAGCACAUCUGAUGACACAGAGGUGAGAGAGGUCAGCUCCAGGCCUAGCACCCCAGGGCUCAGCGUUGUGUCAGGCAUUAGUGCAACUUCAGAAGACAUUCCUAAUAAGAUCGAGGACCUGCGUUCUGAGUGCAGCUCAGAUUUUGGGGGAAAAGAUUCAGUAACGAGCCCUGAGGGAGAAGACUCUGUCCACGGAGCUCAUCAUAUCACAUCCCCUCCUACCCAGACAGAGUCUUUGUUGGCCAUGUUUGACCCCCUGGCUCCGGCACCCGGAGAAGUCGUUCGUCCCAAGUUGCAUUAUGCUAGACCUUCUCAUCCACCCCCUGACCCUCCAAUCAUGGAAGGUGCCGCAGGUGGAAACGAAGCCCGGUUGCCCACAUUCGCCUCUCAUAUCUUCGUUGCUACUGACUCGGAAGCCUACAGACAAAGGCAUUCGUGCCCGGAGAGGCUAGUGCGCAGCCGUAGUUCUGAUAUUGCAGCCUCCAUGAGGAGACCCAUGAGCGACCCUGGCUGGGUCCGGCGAGGUGCGAACGAAGAGAGAGAAUUGCCUCCGUGUCACCCUGUCUUAGGAUCAUCUGCGGUGAUUAAUGCUUCACAGUCUUCAUCCUCCUCGCCAAGCAAAGACUCCUCCAGGGGAGAGCCAGACGAAAGGAAAGACAGUGAUGAUGAGCGAUCAGACCGCAACAGACCGUGGUGGAAGAAACGGUUUGCGUCCGCAAUGCCAAAAGCUCCAAUUCCAUUUAGAAAGAAGGAGAAACAGGACAAAGAGAAGGAGGACCUGGGGAUCGAUAGAUUUUCCAUUUCAGAUGAUGCAUCGUCAAGACUUGGUUCCCAUGCUCAGGCAGCCGAGGACAUUCUGGAUAAGUACAGGAAUGCCAUGAAGAGAACAAGCCCCAACGAUGGAGCCGCUGUGUCCUAUGAGGGAGGAGAUGUGGUUGAUGGUGAAAGCCUCCAUGAUUCUCCGCGGGAUGAUGCGCUACAGAACAUGACAUCAGAUGACCUCCCGGAUUCUGCUAGCCAAGCUGCUCAUCGUCAGGAAUCUGCCUUCUCCUAUAGAGAUGCAAAGAAGAAGCUGCGCAUGGCUCUGUGCUCUGCAGAUUCUGUGGCUUUCCCAGUGCUUUCCCACUCCACUCGAAAUGGCCUACCAGACCAUAAUGACCCUGAUGACAAUGAAAUUGUGUGCUUCCUAAAAGUCCAACUGGCAGAGGCUAUAAACCUUCAAGACAAGAACCUGAUGGCUCAGUUACAGGAGACCAUGCGCUGCGUGAGCCGCUUUGACAGCCGCACCUGCAGCAAGAUCUUGGCAUCGAUUGCAGAAGAUUACAGGAAGAGAGCUUCAUACAUUGCGUACUUGACAAGAUCCCGUCAAGGGCUGCAGGGCACCCAGGCCCACCUCGAACGUAUGUUGCAGAGAGUUCUACGAGACAAGGAGGUCUCCACAAGAUAUUUCACAACUGUCUGUGUCCGGCUUCUGCUGGAGAGUAAGGAAAAAGAAAUCCAGGAUUUCAUUCAAGAUUUCCAAAAGUUGACAGCGGCUGAUGAUAAGACGGCGCAGGUGGAAGAGUUUCUGCAGUCGCUAUAUGGAGCAAUGGCGCAAGAUGUGAUUUGGCAAAAUGCCAGCGAAGAACAACUACAAGAUGCUCAAAUAGCCAUUGAACGCAGUGUCAUGAACCGCAUAUUCAAGCUGGCCUUUUACCCCAAUCAGGAUGCAGAUAUAUUGCGUGACCAGGUGCUGCAUGAACAUAUCCAAAGAUUGUCUAAAGUUGUGACGGCCAACCACAGAGCCUUGCAGAUUCCAGAGGUAUAUUUAAGGGAAGCUCCGUGGCCAUCUGCUCAGGCUGAAAUCCGCACCAUCAGUGCUUACAAGACCCCCCGGGACAAGGUGCAGUGCAUUCUGCGAAUGUGCUCCACAAUCAUGAACCUUCUGAGUCUCGCCAAUGAAUACUCUGUUCCCGGAGCGGAUGAUUUUGUGCCUGUGCUGGUGUUUGUCCUUAUUAAGGCCAACCCGUCAUGCCUCCUAUCAACUGUGCAAUACAUCAACAACUUUUAUGCUAACAGGCUAAGCGGAGAAGAGUCCUACUGGUGGAUGCAGUUCACUGCUGCUGUCGAGUUUAUAAAAACCAUUGAUGACCGAAAGUGAAGCUCAUCAGCCACAUCUUGAACCCGAUUAGCAAUGGUCUGUUUCAUGCACUUCUCAGUGUCUGUCUCAAAGACCCUCUCUUGUAAUAUAACUGUACAGAAAUAGCGAGGGUGGUUUAACUUUUUGGCUGAUGGGGUGGGGGGGUCCUUCUGUGUAUUAACAGCGAUACAUUUUAGGCUUCAUUAGCUUGAAAAGGGUUAAACUUCUCCGUUAAUUUUGCUGUUGUUUGAAAAUCUUUAUUUCCUUUUUUUUUUUUUUUUUUUUUCUUUUCCUCUAGUACCGAACCAACCUAAAACUUUAAUUCCCUUUCUAUUCUACAAUGCUGCAUCAUUUUAAAUGAAACCUUUACUAAAUGGGAAAACUACAUUUAUUUUGCAGGUGUGGAAUUUGUGUUUUUUUGGGGGGGUUUGUGUGGAAUAUUCAAUGCAUUAACAGGGACCACAUUUUUUUGACAAAAGAUUCACAUAGUUACAUUUUAAUGAAAAUAAAUUAGUUGACUAGGUUGUAGGGAUUCGUUACAAUAUCCUACAGGGACACUAACCUCUUAGUAAAGUAAAACUUCCUUACGUUACACAUCUCCUUUUGAGGAAAAGUGCUAGAAAAAAAAAAUAAAUAAAAAGAAACCCAUUCUCUAACACACCCCUACCUAGGACAUGUGAAUACCUAUGCACUUGCAUCAUGAUGUUCUUUUGGAAUAGUAGACAACCAAAUUUUAUGUUCUCCCCUUGUUGAUCGUUCCAAAUAACGAAAUAUUAUAUUUAACCAUUUCUACCUAAUGGAAGGACCCAGACUUUG